GCAAACACACAAGACAUUUUGCACCCUGCCUGUGUGUGUGUGUUUUUUUUUUUUGUGGUUGUGUGUAUUGACGAGUGGGAGUUUAUGCCGUCUGUCCCAGAACGGGAAUUUUAACAGCAGGCCAGGUUAUUGUGACGGUUCCCCAGCCGCUGGUUGCUGCGUGCAGGAUGUCGGAGCUGAGCGAUGAGGCCAGUGAGUCAGAGCAGCUGGGGGCCAGCCUGUCGGUGUGGCUGGGGGCUGGGCAGCUCGUGCGGCCCGAGGAGCUGGACGUGCCGCUGGACCUUCACACCGCCGCCUCCAUCGGCCAGCUCGACGUGGUGGUGGAGUGCAUCCGCAGGAAAGAGGUGGAUUUGAACAGGAAGAAUGUGGGCGGCUGGACGGCGCUGAUGUACGCAGCCUACAUCGGGCACGACCGCAUCGCCAACGUGCUGCUGGACGCCGGGGUGGGCGUCAACGUCACCACGGCUCGCAGGCAGACGCCACUCAUGUUGGCAGCCAGCUGCGGCAACGAGGGGAUCGCACACUGCCUCCUGGAGCGAGGCGCAGAGCUGGAGAUGAGGGACUGCCGUGGGUGGACCGCUCUGUUCCACUGCACCAGCACCGGGCACCAGCAGAUGGUCAAAUUCCUUCUGGACAACAACGCGGAUGCCAGCGUCAAGGACCCCAAGUCUGGCUUUACUCUUCUGAUGGAGGCUGCUGCCUCGGGCCACGAAAUUAUCGUCCAGAACCUUCUGCAACGCGGAGUGAAGGUGAACGAGCGCAACGCAAAGGGAGAAACCGCCCGGGCCCUCGCCAUGUUGUACGGACACACCAAGAUUGCCAGCCUCAUUGACAUGCACUCUGUGCAGAUGCACCCCAAAGCAGGUACUGUGCUGUACAGGAAUGGGACCACUAGGGGGGGCUAACAUAGCUGA